CCCAACCGUGCGUUCGGAUCAUAUAUGUAAUACUCCUAUAUUGCUAGAAGAGUGUUGACCGUCAGCCCAAACAUUACGGUGCAGACGUAUAAUAGCCUCUCUCUCGCGAACGGCCCAGCUGAUUUGUGCGCAUGCGGUUACAUUUUUUAAAACACCAUUAGGCGCGAUUUUCACAUAACCUGUUUUCGUGAUUUGUGCGUGUGUGCGACGGUAAACAACGCAUAUUAUAAGCGUCCCAAGUGAGACAAACCAAAGAAAAAAUUUACAAUGGUGCGAAUUUGUUUUUUGUUCAGAAAAGGGCAGCAAAGGAUGGAAAUUUUGCAAUGCACAAGUAAAUAUCUUACAUGUAAAAUGUGUAUUUAUAAAACGUUAUACUUAUUUUCUCUAAUUCAACUUAUUUGCAUAGCAUUAUUACACUAGAUUUACUGUAACACAUGAUUGGAUUAUCAAGCAGUUAACAGCAUGAUGGAAUAAAUAAUAAUUAUUUGUAGAUUUCCAAAAGAGGUGAGCAUUCGGGCACAGUGGUUACAUGCCUGCAAAUUAUCUGACAAGGACAAUGUGAUACAUAUACACAUUUGCUCCGAUCACUUUGUACCAAGUGAUUAUAAAAAUAGCAUAGGACUGUGUAGCAGAAAGUGGUUAUUGAAACCAGGAGCAGUGCCUUCCGUUAAUGUGCCAAAUCCUCCAGCUGCCGAAUUGCAGUUCCAGUCAUCUGAGAUUAUAAUGGACGAGACACGUAAGAUUGAAAACAUACAAAUUUUUUUUAUUGAGGGUAGUAAAUACUGACAACAGAAUUGUUACAGCUAUGGUUCAACAUUAUUCAUAUUGUUUUAUAGGAUUAGUGCCUUCUAUUGAUGUUCCUCCAGAUUUCACAUCAGUUUCAAAUGUAGGAGAACUGGAAUUUUCAACAUCCAAGAAUGUGAUGGAUGAGACACGUCACGAGAAUGAACAGCUGCAUACUCCUCCGAAGAAACGGAGAUUUGCAGAACCUCGGUUCAUAUCAGACAUUGUAAGCUCCGAUUUCUCAACACCGAAAAGGACUCGAAGAGUCAUUGCUAUGGUGAACAAAAUCCAUAAUAAAAAACGUAAUUUGAUCCACAAUCUGCAGAAAAAAAAUCGAGAGCUGUGUAAACGCAUUACCACUUUAGAAGAAAUGGUAACGCAUUUGCGUAAAGAAGCAUUAAUAUCAGAGGAAGGUGGUGACGCUUUAAUGGUAUAGUAUCUAUCGAAAUAACGACAAAGGUUGAAUCUGGGACUCUAUUCUUGAAAACAUGCGAAUAACUUUCGUUUACGAAAGUAACAGAAUAAUCAAUGAAAUUAUUCGAUUGUAUUCUUCCAUUGGCUAUUUCGUCACUUUCGUAUACGUAAGUUAUUUGCAUGUUUUCAAGAAUAGAGCCCCAGUUUGCUCGUAUUGUCAAUAGCUGCGUUCAGCAUUAUAAAUCAGAGGCAUCCGUUUGCUCUUCCACCUCGAAAAUUUAUAGUAUUUAUCACGUAUACGUAUAGAUCUUUUAGGUAAAAGAGCAAACGGAUGUCUCUGAUUUGGAAUGCCGAACGCAGCUAAUGAAGGUUUGACCAAUGAACUGACUUUCAUGUCUGAUAACACAUUUUCUUCUUAAGGUGAUAAUGUAAAUAAAAAAAGUCAUAUACAAGUCAUAUACAAGUAUGCAAAUAGGGUUUCGUAAUGAUCGUGAACAUAAUAAAAUAACAUUUAACUGUUCUAAAAAAAAUGAAAAACUUAUGUUUAGUGCAAAUUUUAUUUGUCAUUUAUUUAUAGGACUGAUAAGACUGUGCUAUGAUAAUUUUUUAAAGAUUGAGCAAAUAUUUUCAGAUAUAAAGAAAGAUGAGACAAACAAAGUAACUUUUCGGACUUUUUUAUUAUUUACUGUUUAUUUAUGAAAAUAUUUUUUUUAUAUUUACAUUUAUGGAUCAUUUUAUGAAGAGAAUGAGCUAUCAGGCAUCAAAAUUGGUUCAAAAUCUAAUCAGACCCGCAGUUUGCGCAGAUUGCUUGAGGUUUAAUCUUGUUAAAGCUGCUUCAAAUGUAGUCCACCUUCUGAAGUUGAAAAAUAUCUCUUUUAUAUUUUGAUAUUCCUAAGUAUAAACUUAAAAAAACUGAAGUGUUAAAAUUCGCUGUCAUCGAACGAGAGAGAAGAAGCAACAUAAAUUUUAAAAUUGUAAUUUUAAUUUUUCUUAAGAGUGUCCAGAUUUGAACCGAAACGUUUAAAAUAGAUUUAUAUUAAAUAAUUAAAUUCCUUUGGUCAUGAAUUAGCCACAGAGACAAGUAACAUCGUGCUAAAAUACCGACAAUGAAAUAAAAUGGGAUAAACUGUCUCUGGUCACUUAAUGUUUUCUACUAAUAUUUCGCGCAAACUUUAAAGGGUUGUUCACACAAUGACGUUAAUGCAAUUGAAAUUCAAAAUAUUUAUAUUUUGAUUUACAAUUGGAUAAGUCCUAUUAUAUUCGCGUGGUACUCAUUGCCGUUUGUCAUAUUGCACUGCAUAUGAACACAUCUCGUCAGCUGUAUUAAAUAACAGGUGAGAAAACUAAAUUUGAAAAACAUAAUUUUGAAAUUACUAUUAACAUAUACAAAAAA